AUCAGCUUCCCGUGGAUUAUGAGCGAUUUUCUGACCCAGAUAAAAGCAAAUGCAUGCCCGGCCACCAGCGAGGUGACAACGGACAAAUCAGCUAAACCAGAAAGACCAGAACUCGUCCAAAUCGGCUCAUCAAUAGUAAGACAUUUUGAUACGAGACACGAGAAUCGGCUUGCAACAUUUCAGUUCCUCCAAGUAACUUUCACUAUGAUUUCUGAUCACCUCCAUCGUUGCCUCGGACCGGGGAUAAGAGUGUCCUUCACAGGACUGCCAUCAUUGUGUCUAAUGGAUAUGUACACUCGUGAUAUCAAUGUCUGUCUGGAACUGCAACAGCAAAUCACCGGAAAAGAUUUCAACACUCUGUUAAAGAAUGUUAUGGCAAGUUAUAUGGCAGGUUAUCGGCCUUUAACGCCGAAGUCAUUCAUCGUCCGAAUAGACGAAGAUCCUGUGACUGUCACAUUUAGCCAAAACACCAACGAUAUAGGCAGAACAAAUUUCAUCCGACGACGACUUCAAAGAAGCUCAACCUAUACGCUCAUCCUGACGUUUCUUCUCGACUGGGCAAGGAAGUACACAAUUAUUGGCAGAUCCCGAUCCGCAGUGUUUUCCGAAGUCGUUUUUACGUUGCUGGUUCUCAAACUCUUGUCGGAUGUAGACGGCAACUCAACAGAAACAAAGACAACGCAUGACGACAUGAAUCACAUGAAUGUAUCUUCUUGGCUUCCAGGAAAAAUAACUACAAGCAAACAACUUCAAACAGCUAGUCUAGUGAUGGCCGUCUUGCGAAAUUUUGAUUCUUUGCUGAUCAGCGAUAAGAAAGGGGAAAUUCGAAUAUAUGUGCCAGAUCCAACAGAUGAUGUCAUAAAUCAACGGUUUCUGGUACCUGGUAAUCUAGGAUUGAGGAAACUCAAACAUCUGACAGAGGAAAUUCUCUUUGUUUAUCAAGAAAUUGCAAAAAACAGAUCUGUAAAUAUCUUUUUUGAACAAAACAUCCUUGAAGAAGAUCAUCUGAUCAUUAACCUGCCAUUAGACAUUUGGGGGUCUGUAAUGUUUGCAGAAACCUUCACUGCUAGACGAUUGUCAGAAGAGACUGGCGCCGAAAUCAGCAUACGAAGAAAGACGUUCAGUGUUACCCCUGGACUAAUUUUAGAAGCAUGGGGAACUCGCAAAGAACUGUGGAAUGUUCAACAAUCUCUUCAAGACCUGAAUGACAAAUCAUCAAAGUUCGUUACCACCUCUGCACGAGACAAAGUCACAUUGUACGUUCCACUCGUAGACGGGUCUUAUCAGAAUGAUAGGAAUACAGCUUUGGAAAAGUUCAAAGAAGUAUUCAGGACACAGAUGGAACUCACCCGACAAGAUUUUGACAGAACAUACCAUGGGGAUCUAAGAAUUGCACUUACAUUCGGAAUAUACUACAUAUUUUAUGUUGAAAAUCCCCAGUUUACGAUAUCAGAAUUUGAAAUUGCGUUUGAAGGUCAUGGCAAGCCACAUGAAAAGCAGUUAGAACUGAGCCUGCCAGGGCGUGGAGGAUGGCGAAAUCGCAACAGGCAUGGUCGGUUUACUAAACCUAAACCAAGACACAUAAGAGGCUCUUUCAUGCCUAAGGAGUGUGACAAAAACAACGUCAGUGCUUUUCUAGGCAACUCGUUUUUCAAAGAACGCAAUGAAGAAGUAAAAUAUCAUGCCACAUUCAAGUUGGGCUCCCCAGAUUAUGGAAAACCUCUCGAAGGUCUUGUUAUCCUUGACAAAGAGCUUCUGUUCAUUGAGCUUCGGCUUUCUGAUUUGAAGUGGAUGGCGGUGGACGUGUGUCGCGGCUAUAAUGGUAUACCUUAUACCAACAAACGUCUAGAUGUCCGGUGUAAGCUGCACUCACGACGUCUUAUGGACAUGGAAGGAGUACAAGAGAUGGCUGACACGAAAAUGCUUUUGGAGCCUAGCACACGUGUGCUGUUGAAACCCCAACCGAAUGUUUUUUACGUGUCUCCAGAGUUUAGGGAUAGAAUAUCAUUCGUGAGAGAGAAGCACGCCAAGUCGUACCAUUAUGACGGACCAGUGACAGAAUAUAGUAAUUGGCAGGACAUGAACAUCAAAAUAGCAACAGUGUUUGAACAUUCGAUACCAGAUUCUAGUGGUAGGUUCCAGGACAUGGUAGAAAAACAGGAAGUCACCGUGAUACCUAAACUCCCUCCACUGGACACAACGGAAACGGACUGGGACAGUUAUGCAGAAAACAUUUGGGAACUCAUUGAACAAUUAGGCGAACAAUUUGAUUCAGACUAGAUGGUUCAACCAAGAGUACAUGAUGCCACAAUACCCUUGCAGUGUUUAAACUGUAUACAUGUGUUAAUAAGAAUGAAAUCAAUGGCAAAAUCCCAAAUACGAAUUAUUCGUCAUCCGUGAACAUUUUCGAUGUCGGCAUUGAAAUACAUAACUGUAUUCAUUUAUACAUAGCCAAGACAUCGAUAGAUACACAGCAGAGAAACGACUGUGGAAUGCCUUAUUAUUUUGGGCGACGCGUAUAUAAUAAAGUGCAUUUAGUCCAAAUCGUUCGUAAAAGACCGUCUACAGUCGUGUUUAAGUGUCAUAUUGAAACCGGGGCCCGUAUUCAUGAAACUGUUCUCAUGCUAAAGCAUGGAUUCUGUGCUCAAAGCUACUUUUUUGUAACUCGUUUAAAUAAUCUCAAACUAUCAAAAAGUCAAAUGUGAAAAUUGGAAAUAGUAUUGGCUUGAGUCUCUUCAAUUUUUUUCCAAAUCAUUAACAAAAUAAGAGUUGUUUAAUAAUUUAUGACUUAAACAAGAAAUUAGGCUUGAGCACAAAAUCCAUGCUUGAGCAUGAGAUCGGUUUCAUGAAUAAGGGCCCGGAAACAGUCGAGGUAAAAUAGAAGUAAAAGGGUUCAUGUAAAUAUAUUCUAGGAAAGAAUCAGUGUUACCUCGGUGUUUAUGAACACAGGUAAACAUAAAUACGACAAUGUCUAGGUAGCAGUGUACAGUAGCGUA